CUCACGUUGCUGGCGAUGGCUCAGCAUGCUACGGCGGGGCGGCGCUACCUCAGGUCGUUCGUAAGUGGCUUCUUUGUUGCCGUUCCCGUUACCGUCACCGUCCUCGACCGGUUCGCCUACGUGGCGCGAGUGGAGGGAGCGUCGAUGCAGCCUUUUCUGAACCCGGAUGGCGGCCCGGAUUGCGACGUGGUCCUACUGAACCGUUGGAGCGUGAGGAACUAUCAGGUCCAACGAGGCGACAUCGUCUCCGUCCUGUCACCCAAGAACCCCCAGCAGAAGAUCAUCAAGCGCGUUAUUGGCCUGGAGGGCGACUUCAUCAGGACUCUGGGCUACAAGAACCGAUACGUUCGAGUUCCUGACGGUCACUUCUGGAUCGAGGGGGAUCAUCACGGACACAGUCUGGACAGCAACAGCUUCGGUCCGGUGUCUGUGGGGCUGCUUCAUGGUCGGGCCUCUCACAUCAUCUGGCCCCCUAAUCGAUGGCAGCGAAUCAGCCCGAGCCUCCCUCCAAACCGAGGGCCGCUGGACACUGAAGAAGCGGAGUGAAGACACACAGAGUUUUUAUAUCUGUGGUAAUGUCAGUUAGCUGCAGUGUUUCAUGUGUAUGAAUACAUUCAAACAUACACACUGUAUCAGAGUUUUUGUUUUGUUUUUUAAAUAAAUAUUCA